AUGCCCACGACGCCAUCUUUUACAAACGCCUCUUCCUUGAGCAGUUCCGCCACGACGAGCAACCGCGUCUACGCGAACGACGGGCACAGCUACGCAACGCCCGAGGACGAAGCCGCUGCAGCAAUCCUGGAACAGGACACCAGGGGCGAGUUCACAUGGGGAGAUCGCCACAGCAGCGACGACGACGACGACGAUUCCUCGGAAGGAGGAAUGGGCGGAACAGGCGGAAGCGGCAGAGGCGCAGCGCCACCAGCACCACCUGAGCCAGAGAGCGAUGACGACGACGUACAGGAAGUCAUCCCGCAGCAUCGCCACGACAGCACCGUCUCUGGGCUGCAGCUGCUUGGGCUGCACACCGCAACCUCUAAGGCGCCACGUGCCAGCGAACCACGAAACCCGCGCCAAGCUCUCACUGGACCACACAGCAAGGAAUGGCGCGAGGCGAUGGACGGAGAGAUUAAGGCACUCGAAUCCCGCGACACCUGGGUAUUAGUCGACCGGGCAGCAAUCAAAGGCGCAAGGAUCCUCUCGGGGAAAUGGGUCUUCCGCGUGAAGACCGCAGCUGACAGAACGAUUGAGCGCUUCAAAGCGCGGUGGGUGGUGCGCGGCUACGACCAGAGGCACGGCAUUGACUUCGAUCAGACGUUUGCGCCAGUCAGUCGCCACACCUCCGUUCGAAUCCUGCUCGCCACCGCAGCUGCUACACACCUGCCCCAGCGCCAAAUCGACGUGAAGAACGCGUUUCUGUACGCGUUAGUAGAUGUCGUGAUUUACGUGGAGCAGCCGCAUACAUACGGUGAAGGGGAUUCACGCAUGCCGCACGAUCCUGGGAUGUACCGCCGAUAUUUCAUGGGCGAAUACAUCCUGCUCACGGUCUACGUUGACCAUGUGCUUUACACAGGUUCGAGCAACGAACUACUGAAGCACUUCGAAAGGAGUCUGGCGGGGCGCGUCGAUAUCACCUGCAACUACGAGGUGAAGCAGUUCUUAGGCAUGAACAUCUCCUACGCGCCAGAAGCCAUUCAUCUCUCAGCGGCCAAGAAUGUAGAGGAGCUUGGAAAGUGCUUCAACAUCUCCCCUGCACCACUCUCCACUCCCUACCGAACCCCUGGACCGAACCACAAACCUGACAACAAAGGCCUAUCCCCCGCUGGCAUCCAAACUUACCAGCAGCAGCUGGGAUGCCUUCUCUUCGCCUCUGUCACCUGCAGGCCCGACCUUUCCUACAUCGCGAGCCAACUGGCUCAGUACUCCCGCAAACCAACGGCUGAGAAUCUUCUGGACCUACAGCGCGCCUUGCAGUUCUUCAUCUCAACGCCUAAGAUCGGGCUGUGCUACUCAACAGUGCCCACCCCAUCAUUUAACCUCAUCGGCUACGUGGACGCCGAUCACGCAGCAGAUCCUGACAAUCGACGGUCCAGGACUGGUUUUCUGUUCCGGCUCAAACCGACGGGACCAAUCUUGUGGAACUCGCAGAAACAGGAGCUGGUUGCCCUGUCGUCGGCCGAAGCAGAAUUCAUCGCAGCAACGGCAGCAGUUCGCAGCAACUUGCAAGAACUCCUACAGGAGGCGAAAAUUCCAGCAUCGCCCACCUUUCGCCUCCACAACGACAACCAGAGCACGAUUCGCAACGCGAACAAUCCUGGCUUCGUCAACCGCACCAAACACAUUGCGCUGCGGUACUUCUUCGUCAAGGACGAAGUGGACAAAGGCAAGGUUAACCUGACCUAUUGUCCGACAGGUGACAUGGCAGCGGACUUCCUCACGAAGCGACUGCCACGCCAGCAGUAUCAACACUGCUCCGAACUCAGCGGAGUGGUCAAGCAGGUCAAGUCGAGCUACGGCCAGGAGUGA